AUGGCUAGUACCAUAAAUCUGAUGAAGAAAAAUUUGGCAAAACCGGCGAUAGGUAAACAAAAAAGUUUCACGCCAGCAAUCACUAAGAUCUUUAUUUUACAGCUCCACCCUUUCGCUAUGUACACGCAGCUCCCGUUUGACGAACUCAAGGUCGACCCCAACCAAAAGAAAAGAAUAGCUUAUUUUUACGACGCUGAUAUAGGAAACUAUGCUUAUGGUGCCGGACAUCCAAUGAAACCCCAUCGUAUAAGAAUGGCACAUUCUCUUAUAAUGAAUUAUGGACUUUACAAAAAGAUGGAAAUCUAUCGUGCCAAGCCAGCUACAAAACAAGAAAUGUGUCAAUUCCAUACUGAUGAGUAUAUUGAUUUCAUAAGUCGAGUGUCACCUGAUAACUUAGACAUGUUUAGUAAAGAAAGUGUUAAGUUUAAUGUUGGUGAUGAUUGUCCUGUAUUUGAUGGAUUAUUUGAGUACUGUGGGAUUAGUGGUGGUGGAUCGAUGGAAGGUGCAGCAAGAUUGAAUCGAGGCAAGUGUGAUAUUGCCAUUAAUUAUGCUGGUGGGUUGCACCAUGCUAAAAAAUCAGAAGCAUCGGGGUUCUGUUACUUGAAUGACAUAGUGUUGGGUAUAAUUGAAUUAUUGAGAUAUCAUCCUAGAGUAUUGUAUAUUGAUAUUGAUGUUCAUCAUGGUGAUGGGGUUGAAGAAGCAUUUUACACAACUGAUCGAGUGAUGACAUGUUCAUUCCACAAGUAUGGUGAGUUUUUCCCUGGAACUGGUGAAUUGAGAGACAUUGGAGUUGGGAAGGGAAAAUACCAUAGUGUUAAUGUUCCUUUGAGAGAUGGUAUUGAUGAUGCUACAUACAAAUCCAUUUUUGAGCCGGUGAUUACCAAAAUUGUAGAAUGGUAUCAACCAUCAGCUAUUGUGCUACAAUGUGGUGGUGAUUCCUUAAGUGGUGACAGAUUGGGAUGCUUUAAUUUAUCAAUGGAAGGUCAUGCUAAUUGUAUCAAUUUCGUUAAAUCACUCAAUAUCCCAUUGAUGGUGUUGGGUGGUGGUGGGUACACUAUGAGAAAUGUGGCUAGAACAUGGGCUUAUGAAUCAGGGUUAUUGAACAAUGUCAAAUUGCCAGCAGAGUUACCGUACAAUGAAUAUUAUGAAUACUACGCACCAAACUAUACUUUAGAAGUGCGUCCAUCAAAUAUGUAUAAUCAAAAUUCGCCUGAGUUCUUGGACAAGGUUAUGACAAGUAUUGUUGCCAAUUUAGAAAACACUAAGCAUGCGCCAUCAGUACAAAUGAAUGAUGUGCCUAAUGAUCCAGAAGAUUUGGGUGAUAUCGAAGAAGAUAAUGUGGAAGCAAUUGAUACUAAAGGUGGAUCAGAAAUGAGUCGAGAUGCUCAAGUACAACCAGAAAAUGAGUUUUAUGAUGAGGACGAUAAAGAUGCAGGGGAGAAGAACAUCGAGGAAAAUGGUAAAAGAGAAGAAAGUAAUGGACAAAGUAGUAAAGCUAAUGCUCCUGAAGAAGAGGAUGUGAAAAUGGAUGAUGGAGAUGACACGCAGAAUAACACUGUUGAGGAAGACAAAACGAAAGAUGAAACUGCUGAUGUUUCAAUGUUGACGGAAGAAGAAUUGAAAGAAAUUGAAGCUAUGAACGAAGCAGCUUUGAAGAAUGAGUAA